AAAAAAAUGUACAAUGGGAAUAUAAUUAUUUAUUGGAAAUUUAACUAAUGGUCAUUGGUCAAGAGUGAAUUAUUAGUGAUUUGUUGUUGUGCUUGGCAUUUAAUAAAGUAUUUUAUAAGUGUUGUGAUGAGGAUGUAUAGUCUUCUUAUUAUUUUACAAUUAGUAGUAUUUUGUAUGUAAUUCUCCAUAUCGGUGUGGUGAUUGAGAAAACUGAAAAUGGCGACUGAGAAAGAGUCUUCCUGUCAUGAUAUUUGUGCUAAUGACCCUAAUUUUGCCAUAAUCUGUUCAUUCUUUGAUCGUUUUGCAAACAGUUGUGGUAUAACUCACCCUACAUUUUUAGAACUCCAAGAAAUGAUUGAAAAUCCAGCAGAUGUACCUACGGAACUGGUUGAGUUACAUGUUAAACUACUUAGGAAAAUUCGAAAAUCCGUAUCUGCUGAAAAAUGGGAGAAAGCUUUGGUAAAAUUUUGCCAUUCCUACUACUGCAGUGAAGACGGAUGGGAGUUGGAACGGUGUGGUUAUAAAAAAUGCAAAGUUCCUAUAAAACUCAGAAUCUUAAAGAAUCUACUGGAUGCCCAGUUUGAUUUAAAUGUGAAGUUCAAGAAUGACAUAAACAAAUUGACUGCUGAAGAGCUCAGGACUGAACCAUUAGGACGGGACAAAGUCGGGCAGUCCUACUGGUGUCAGUUUGACUCAGCCGCUAAUGUUAGAGUGUAUAAGGAGGAUCAGGAUGAGGAAACCUGGAAGCUUGUGGCCAAAGACAGAGAGGGUUUAGUCGAUCUCAUCACUCAGUUGUCAUCUGGUGAAGAGCUGUUGGGACUAGAACUGAUAAAUGAAGACAGCAACAGUCAGGAGGUAGAAAAACCAAUCAUAGACACAGGUCAAGUUGAAGUAUCUACCAGUGAAGAGAACACAGCUGACAACACAAGUAGCACUGAUAGUAAAACUGAACAUUCUGUCAAACAAGAAGACAACUCUAAUUCUGGAAGUUCUCAACAAAAUAUAUCAUGCACCAACAAAGACAAUAAUGAUAGAAAAUCUUUUGAAUUAAAUCUGCAGUCCAGUACCACUAUAUGCAAGACUGAUAUUAUUGAAACAGAUAAGUCUUGUGCAUCUGAAAAUGUUGACAGUAAAGGAUCGAUCUCGUGUUCUAUAGAUGCUAAAGAUGUCAAUAGUAAGGAACUGGUUGAGAAAGAUUUAAUGGAAAGUGUAGAGAAUACAAAAAAUGACAGCACACCCCUUAUUCCAUCAUCUGCUACCAUACAAGGUGUUGGUUGUGGUGAAACCAUUUUAUCUUCUACAAAAAGCUUAGAAUCAGCGAAUGAUGAUGGCUUAAAAAAUAUUGAUGAGGAUUAUUCAAAGAAUGCUAAUACUGAAGAAAUCAACUUUUUGCAGCAAGGUGAGGAAUGUAAAAGUAAUUUUAUUACUACAAAUUCAACUAUAACGGAAAAAAUUGAAGAUGGUUCAAAUUUGAAGCAUAUCAUUCCAAAACAUGAUGUUACAAUCAAAACUAAUUUGCCAAUUACAAUUGAGGAUUCAACCAAAAGUCACACUCCUGAAACUAGUAAUAUUAAUGUAGCUGAAGAAAUAAAACAAAGAUCCCUAUUUAAAUCAAAUAUUUCAAGUUUAUUUAAAGGAAAAAUUGGUAAAAGUUCCUCAGGAUCAAAACUUGAUCAAAUCUUUAGUCGUAAACUUGAACAGAGUAAUGUUAGUUCUGUGAUAGAUCAGAGCUUUAAAUCAACAACCAAACUUUUAUCUGGUAAUGUAACAAAUAAACAUGAAAAAGAGUUACACUCUACCAUUCCAACCGAUAAUGAAUUAUUUAGUAAGGCAUCUGUUCCUAUUGUAGAUAAUAAAGACUGUUCUAUUUAUAUCGAACCAAAUAGCAAAAGAAAACCAGAUGAAGCAAUAAUUGAUGAACAGCCACUAAAAAAACAGUGUUUAGAAGCAGAAUCAAAUGAUGAUGAAGUUGGAGAAGAAAUCGAAGAACCUGUAAUGAUAAUCACGGGUGAAGGAUUAGGCAGAGAAUGUGACACGGGAAACCCAGGGAGAGAAGAAGAUGAUGUCACAAAAGAAAAGAUCAGUAACAGCUCAAGUGACAAUGAUUCAAAAGUAAUAAACAAACAGAAACAAUCUUCUUCAAACAGUCAAGUUUCAAAUUUUGAAAACUGCAAUGAAGAUUUAAAAUUAAAAAACUUGGAUACUAAGAUUGAUAAGUUAAACAAUGGCAUAGCUGAAAAUAUAAGUCCGGAGGAUGUACAUGAAAAAUCUAUAGAAGAGCAGCUCAGUGACUUAACAGGAGAAAGUCUUUCUCCAAAAACAAAUGACUUGUCUAAUGUAAAUUGUAAUAAUGAGAAACAAGAUAACGUUUUAUUAAGUAAACAAACAGAGAAAGGAAUGAGAAGGAAGUCUUUUGAAUGUACUGACUCAGUUGACAAUGAGUCAGUUCCCCCAGAGGCUAAAAAGACCAAAGUAGUAUUAGAUGAUAUACUUGGUUGUCUGAAUGAUAAUAGUAGUAAUGAUGUGGGUGAAAACAAAUUUUCAUCAGAAGAUGUUACAGUAGAAAGAGAUUCAAACACAGUUUCUAAUAAUAUUUUAACCAAAGAAAGUGAAUCAAAUUCAAGCAGGAAUACAGAAACUAGUCCAAACAUUGAUAAAUUAGAAAAUAAUGACUUGAUAAAGGAUGAAGAUGAAGAUGAUGAAAUUAAAACUUCAAAACAAGCAAUUGAUGUUUAUAAAAAGCAAACUGUCGAAGACGGAAACAUUCAGAAGCCCAAAAACCAUGUUCCUGAUGAUAAAAAUGAAGAAUUGCAACACAAUAAAUGUAUGGAUCACAAUAUAAAAAUUCAAACUGACAAAGAGAAAGACAAUUCCAACCUAAAUGAAAAACCGGAACAAAUUUGUAACAGUACUGAAGAAACUAACCUUAACAAUUCGGAAGAGGUAGCUAAAAUAGGUUUUGAAAAUGGUAGUGAUAAUGAAGAAGCUAAAAAUACAAUCAGUGAUCAACCUGAGGAAGUUGAACAAAAUUCGUUAGAAGAAAACAUAGUUGAUAAAAAAAAGAAAUCUAGUAAUAAGUUUACUUCCAAAGCCUCAAAAAAAUCUGUCAAAAAUAGUAGAAAAAAGAAUUCAAAAAGGAAAAAUGUUUUUGUUCCAAAUGCUGAAUCAAAUAAUACAUCUGAUGAUAAAGCAUUAGUAAGUACAGGAGAUAGUUUUGAAUCUAAAUCUGUGGAGGAUGAAAUAUUGGAUGAUAAAGAAAAUGAUAUCAAAAAGUUAACAAAAGACAGAACUAGUGAUGAUGAAGUUAAAACAGAUAAAGUAAAUAAUCAUAGUCAAGAAAACUACAAUGAGACAAAUAUUGAAGAGCCCUUGUCAUCAAAAGAAGAAAAUGACAAUAGUCCAAACAAGAAAAAGUCUAACCAGAAAAAGUCUCCUUCCAAAAGAAGAAAGCUAUUUACUCCAAAAUCGAGGAAAAGGACAAACAAGAAUCAAAUUGCAAUUACUGAAAAAGAAAAGGCUGCUAAAGGCAAUGGUAGAGAAAAUGAAGAAAAUAGUCAUGAAAACGCAUCGGAAGCACAGAAUGAGACUACAGACAAAAACAAUAGUAUGCAAAAUGAUGGAAAAGAUGUUUUGAAGGGUGGGAUUAAUCCCAUGUCUGUGAAAAGUAGGAAAAGAAGAAAUAGCAGAAAAAAUACAGGUACUGAAAAAGAUUCAGAAGAUGAAAUUUCAGACAGGAAAGAUGACAAUGAAGGAGAAGAGGAAGAAGAAGUUGGAGGAAAACGGAGAAAAAUCAAAGGUAAGAGAACACCAAAUAAAACUGUGCGUAAAAGUGUUGAGGAGAAACGGAACAUAAAAUCUAGUAGUGAAGAAGAGACUCAACCUGAAACUGGCAAUGACGAAAAAGAAAUCAAGAAGACAUCUGCUUCUAAAAAGCGAAAAUCACCUAUGAAGAAAAGUAAGAUUAAAGAAAAGACUGAUAGUAAAUCUAAAACAAAUAGUGUACAAGCUUCUAAAACUAAAAAAGAAAUCAGUGAGGUUGAUGACGAUGGUGAAGAACAUGAGCAAACUACUAAAAAGAAGAAAAGCGUGAAGGUUCAAGGAAGACAUAGCCGUGCAUUUCUAGGAAUAGACUUGAACAUAGACAUUAGCGAUACCAGCCGCUCAGUACGACAGUCCAGUCGCCUAGCACAGAUCAAAAUCAAAGAACAAGCUGACCCCAAACUUGGAGAUGAAAACCGUCAUGUCACAGAGAAGCCUAGUAAAAAACCAAAGAAGAAGGAUGGUGAAGAGAAGCAGAAAGGAAAUCUAAAAAAGAAAAAGAAGUCAAAGAAGGUCAUAAGUGAGGAAGAUAUUCAAGAAGAGGAACCAGUUGUUGAAAAAAAGAAAGGGAGGAGAAAAAAGAAGAAGAAAAAUCCUGUAAGGGCUUUUAAUGAACGGGAUCCAUGGAAAUCAUCUUCUGGAUCAAGCUCUGAGGUAGAAGAGGAAGAAGAAGAUCACUUUGAAGACAUCGUAGAUGAAGAGGAAGAUAUUCCAGUUACUCUGAAGUCAGACCAUGAAUUUUCCCCAGAAUCUGACAUUGAAGGAGAUGAAGAAGUGAAACCUAUUCGACAUGCGCGCACAGCUCAGAAAGUGACAGAUCCACAAGUGGAGGAGGGAGAGGAAUCGAAGGAUACAGAUGACUUUGCCUGUGAGAAGUGUGGCAAGAAGGACCAUCCUGAGUGGAUCCUGCUGUGUGACACUUGUGACCAUGGCUGGCAUGCCUCGUGUCUGCGGCCAAGUCUCAUGCUGGUGCCGGAGGGUGACUGGCAUUGCCCGCCUUGCCAACACACGGUGCUUGUGAAGCGGUUGCAGGAGACUCUGAAGAUAUACGACCGGGACACAAAACGAAGGCAGAACGAGGAGUUGAGGCGCAAGCGGCUAGCGUAUGUUGGGAUAAGUCUGGAUAAUGUGUUACCGAGUGGUCAUCAGAAUGUGCCCCGGGAACAAGAGACCAGUGAGGAGAGUUCAGAGAGCUCUGGUUCUAGUUCUGGGUCGGACACUGAGGGUUCGGAGGAGCCGGUAUACCAGCUACGACAGCGCCGCCAGGGUCCCACCAGCUAUCGGUUUAAUGAGUAUGAUGACCUCAUUAACUCUGCAAUUCAGGAUGAAGUCAAUGAAGUUACAGUCAUUAAUACUGGCCUACUGAAACCACCUGCUGAAAAUUCAGUAAUCAAUAUAACUAAAGUAGAAGAGAGAAAGGAAAAUGAACAAGUAAAUACAGAAAACAUCAGUGAAGUUAUUCCAGCUGGUCAGGAUCAGCCAGAUGCAGCAAUAGCGCCAGCAGCAGUAACAGCAGAGAAACCCAAGAAGAAGGAGAAAGACGAGAGUGGAGAAGAGUCGUCUGAGGAGGAAGAUGACAAUGAAGAGGAAGAGUUCCCUAGUGUGGUUCCCAAGAGGAACAAUGUGCUACCAAGGCCAGGCAAGAAAAAGCACCGAAGACUCAACUGCCUUGAUGACCCCAGUGAUGAUGAUGAUGGUUCAGAUGAGGAUUUCAAGGGCUCAAGCUCUGAAGAGGAAGAAGAAGAGGAAGAGGAGUAUUCAGAUGACUCUGAUGUGGGAAGAAGAGGAAGGUCCAAGAGAGGUCAUUUGGGUCCUGUCAGGCGGUCCUCAAGAGCUCGGCGGUCUCGAUUUGAUAAAGAAUUUAUAAACGAUGACAGUGAAGAGAGUGAUGCACCCAGGCGGAAAAAAACAAAAAAACUCUGGUCGGACUCCGAUAGUGAAUCUGACGAUUCAACAUGGGGGAAGCGCAAGAAGAAGAAAAAUUAUAGCUCAGGUAGAAGAAAGUUUCAAAGGAAUAAAAAGUUUACAAUCGAAGAUGAGCUAUCAGAGUCAGAGGGUGCCAAAAUUCCAAAAAAGAAGAGACAAAGAAAGAUAAAGUAUGGUGGCCUGGAGGACUUGAACGUAGAGGAACUCCCUGCCAGGAGGACUCGAGGCAAGAAGAUCAACUACCAGGAAGUGUUAGGCUCCGACACUGAUGAGGAAAUUCAGAAAACUAAGAGUUUGAAGAGAGCAAUCAUUGAUGAUGAGGAUGAGUUUGUCGCUGACAAGGAAGAGGAAAAGGAUGAAUCAAGAUCAUCUUCAGCAGACAUAGGACAUAAAUUUGAUGAAGAAGAAAGUCUAGAUGAUGAGGAGAUCGAGAAAAGUAGUGAAGAUGAAAAAGAAAUAAAAGUGAAAGAAACAGAAAAAGUCAAUGAGGAAGAAGGACUAGAACCGAAGCCAAAGUCUGAUGUUCUCCCCAUGAAAUCUUCACCUAUCAAGCCAUCCCCACCCAAAAUCGUGAACAAAGAAAAACCAGUUGGUGUACCAGGCAGGAGAGGCAGACCACCUAAGGCAAUGAUAGCACCUCCCCCAGAACGUCUGAUAUCUGAAGACGAACAGUACAAGGCCAUAGUAAGUAAGGUUCCAACCAUUGAACACACAGACAAAACCAACAGUGAGGUUAACAUCGCCAUGCCUGGGAACAACAUUAAUGACCAUACAGACCCUGCACAUCUCUUAAUUUCGAAGAAGAUCCCAAACAGUUCCAUUGAUUCUAAAUUUAUGAACCGCAGCCCUCCCUUAAAAAUAAGAUCUGGAGUUCCGGUAAAUGCUGUUGGAAGGAAAAGUCCCACUUUGGUGACUCCAUCAAGUGAGCCCUCAUUUUUUCCAGUGAGGUCACCAAAUUCUGGUCCUAUCGGUUCACCACCAGAGGCGAAGUUUCAGUACCCUCUAAAGAUGCAAAGAACUUUGGUACCAUUUCAAGGAGGGCCUCAACAGUUUGGUUCUACUAGGAAAUCUGUUAACCUUCCUCAAGGGAAUAUAAAAAUUGAGAACAUCCCAAAUGAAGAGGAACUGGAUGAAUUGGAUGAUGAAGACUUAAUGGAUGACAUCGAAGAAGAGGAAGAAGAAGAUGAAGAUGACUCAGAUGAUGAUGUGUUGGAAGAGGGAGAGAUUCCAAAGAAGGUGGCUCGGCGAAUGGCUCGAAUGGAGGAGCGGUUGCAAAAAAUGGAAGACAAGAAGCUUGCCAAGCAGAUAAAAACUGUGCAACCAUCGGUGACGAUCCAACCUGUUAGCCCAGGGUCUGCCCAAACUCCUGCUGGGAAUACUCCAAGUGACCAGAAGCCACCCACAACACAACCCACUCAGCCUUUACUCAGGGUUGUCUCACCCCUAAAACUGAUGGCCAAUCCUCCAAGCACGCUGCAGUCUACAUUCAUGCACUCAGGGAUCAAUCCCCGGAUGCAAAUGUCGUCCCCUCCUGCCACUCGAAUGUCCUUGCCUAUGAGGCCUCCUCAGCCAUCCAAUAUGAUGGGUCAGCCUGUUUUGGGGAUGGAUGAGGGUGGGGGCAAACGACGGGGGAGGGGCCGGGGGAAGAAGCAACUGGCACAAGAGAAGUCUGACCAAGAGAUGAUGGUUGGUGGUGGGAGCGGAGGAAGUGUCAUCAGGGGUAUGUUACAGCAACCGCAGUCCUACCCUCCUACUCAUUACCCUCAGCAAUACCCUCCUCCUCCCAGGAUACCCUUCAACCCUCAGAGGAUGCCCAGGCCUCCCUUCCAUCCUGGACACCAUCCUAUGGACCCUUCACCUUCCGGUGGAGGUACCAUCAGUAUCAAACAAGAGGGUGGAGGUCAUCCUCAAUCUGCUCCAGUUCACAUUCCCAACAAACCACAAUCAUCAGGUCCGGCGUACCACCCUCCACCCCACCGCUUCGAUUCUAGUAUACCCAGACAACCUGGGUACCCUCCCCAGGGCAACCCGCCACCCAAGUCCCAGUACGGUAGUUAUCCUCCGCCUCCUGCAACCGGAGGAAGCUACCAUUACGGGAAUUACCCUACUCCCAUGCCUGCCAGGGAAGAGCCACAAGUGUACCCUGCACAGCAGCAGUACAAUGAACAAUAUGGAGAGCCCCAGCCCUCCGCCUCUGCCCCCGCCCCAGCAAGCAGUAAAGGAUUCACGGAAGAAGAGAGUGGCGGUGAGUUCGGAGGUCUUGUAUCUUACUUCUCCAGUCAGAGAGAGGAUGACAUUGAUACAUAGUUCAGGUGGCACCGUCCCUUUACCGGGAAUCAGACAGAUAAUCACAGUUAGAAUUUAAAUUCAAGUACUGACAUAAUAAUUGAUCGAAAAUUAUUGUUAUGUAAUUUAAUUCAAUCAGACAUUUAUAUUUUGUUAUUUAUUUUGUAUUUUAUCACAUGAAAUUUGUAAAUAAACAUAAUCUGUAUCAGUAUUGCUCUAUAUCUAGGAAAUUAAAUUAAUAGUAAAAUUAUCAGAAGAUGUCUAUUUUAUAUCAAAUGGUAUAAAGUAUGGGUGCUCACACUUGGCUGUAUGGACUAUGCUUCUUGACACAUCACAAAAAUAAUGAUGCAGCUAUUUAAUAAUGUGAUUUAUUACGUUAGUAAUAGGUUAAGUGUUUUGUAUUAUGUUUUGUACAAUAUGAACUAAGUGUAAAUAUAUCGUAAUAUGUAUAUUGUAGAUUUAUCACCAAACAAUAGUGAUUUUUAUGCUUUAAAAUUAUUGUCUAAAUUAAUAUUAGAACCUGGUAUUGUUAAAGAUAUUUUGAAUUUUUUUUUCAAAUUUUACAAUAGUAAAUUAUUUUAUUGUUUUGUUGUAAUUUCAUUUUAUUUUUAUGUGAGCUAUUUGUUCAAUUAUAUCUCCAUAAUGUCUUCACUCUUUUUGCUGUAGUACCAAACAGUAAUAUAUUUUAUUUGUGGAUAAUUGUUAUAUAUUUAUAAAUUAUUAUUUGUUGUUUUCUUUCUAUAUGUUUAUAUGUAUGUUUGUAAUCUAAAUUAUUUUUCAGAUCAAAUAGUAUUAGCAUUAAACACUUUUUAGUGAGUAAUCAUGUCCUUUAUCAUUUACUUGAUGGCUUAAUGCAUGUGGUAAUAUUAAAUGUUUAAUAGGUUUAUAAAAAAAUAUAAAUUUAUGUAGUGUAACAAUACAAGGAGGUACAGGAA